AUGCCAUCAGUUCGAGUAACGAAUUUAACGCCUCACAACUUAAAUGUCUGUUUAAAGCAUGUUGCUGCUUUGCAUUUCGAAAACAGCAUCUCACCAGGCUCUACUAUAAAGCUACGUCCAGGGAAGGUUUGGUUUACAUUUGAAGUAAAGGUUGAUACGGGAAAGAAAUCACAGUAUUCUGCUACGAAAUCCGCGAUAACGAUUGGUAUAAUAAGUUUGGCUGUUAUUGCAACAGUGUUGAGUUAUGGUGCACCAGCAGCAGUGGCAGCUAGUGCUGGUGGCGCAGCUGCAGCGGGUACAGCAGCAAGUAGCAGUGCAUCAGCGGGUGCAGCCAAGUUCUUCACAUCUCAAGGGGCAAAUAUAGCCAAGCUUUCAACCUAUUUGAUUGGCAAAUCUGCCAAGAAAGUAUCAGAAGAAUAUGGCGGAAUGUCUGCAGUACAAGAGGAAGUAUUAUCAGUAGUUAAAUCACCAAAUGUGGACAAAGUCACGCGAAUGAAAGCUCUCGAAUCGUUAUCAAAGCUUAAACAAGCAUACAAAGAUGAUAUGAAAGCCAAAGGGAAGACGAAAGAAGCUGAAGACAUAGACAAUGUAUCUAUAGCUUCGAAACCACCUUCAUAUGAGGAUACCGUGAAAGAAAAGAAAGUUGCACGAGUACAUGGAUUGUACGUCAAAGAGAGAUUGGAGUUGGAAGUCCGAGUUGCGAAUGGUGUUCUUGAAGUACGGGAUAAAGCGAAUGAUAAAGUACUUUAA